AGUGAGCUCAAGAUUCCCUCACCUCCUCUCACCUUCAAUUAAUGCAUGCCGCAGGCCAUACAGACUCCAUGUGAGAAUUCAAAACCUGCCUCCUCCUCCUCCUCUUCCUCCUGUGUCUGAGAAACCAGAUGGGGAAGAAGCUAGGCUUGAGCUCUCUCUUCUUCAGGCUUAGGGACACGCCAAGGCCUUCUUGCCACUCCUCUUCUCCUUCUCCUCCUUCUUCAUGGCCUUGGCCUUCCUGCAAGCACCCCAAGACCAGUUCCUUCCGUGAGGUGGAGGGCGACGCCACGUACAAGACUGUCAACUCGGUGUACGUCGAGUCCACCGAGUCGUGCUUCACCCGCUCGUCGGCGGAGCAGGAGAGCUUCUCCACGGUGUCGGACCGCUCCGGCGGUGGCUCGGUGGAGACCGUGGUGCGCGGGCUGCGGUCGGACCGGCUCUUCUUCGAGCCCGGCGGCGACACGAGCUCGAUACUGGAGGAGGCGAAGGCGGGCGUGUCGCCGUUCGAGGGCAGCGUCGUGCUGGCCAUGGAGUCGGAGGACCCCUACCGCGACUUCCGGCGGUCGAUGGAGGAGAUGGUGGCGGCUCAUGGGCUGAAUGACUGGGAGCGGCUCGAGGAGCUGCUGGUUUGGUAUCUAAAGGUCAACGGGAAGAAGACCCAUCGCUUCGUAGCUGCAGCCUUUGCGGAUUUGGUCCUAGGCCUUGCUUCACCUCGGCCUCCUCCGUCUUCUUCCUCAUCAUCUUCCAAUUCUUUUAAGAUCGAGGCAAUCAAAGAGGCGGAGAGAAUUUAAUUGGAAGAUAGAAGAAGCUUGUUGUCUCGAUGGACUCAGAUUCAGAGUUGUUCUGUCAUCGAAGAAGAAGAAGAAGAAGAAGAAGAAGAAGACGAGGCCAGGCGGGUGGAUGUCCUCUUGCAUAGUAGAUGAGAAGGGCAUCACAGUUGUAACCAAUUAUGGACAUUAGCAUGACACCCAAUAAUUCUGGUAGAGCAAGACAAGUGAUCCUAUGGAUGCUUUGGAACACCACUUCUUCUGCAGCAGAUGAUGACAACCAUGAAGCACUGCUGAUGCAGGGUUGGUGUUCUCCAUCAGGCCACACCCACGAGGAGUGCUGCUCUCUCAUCCUUCUCCAACAGGACCUAGGAAAGGUCACAUCUUUUCAGGUCAAUGAGAGCAGCUGUCUGAUUCUUUUUAUCACUCAAUUACAAGGUGUUAAUGUUGAGUUUCUUCGUUAAUUGAAGAACAUGGAAUGUCCCAAC